CUAUAUAUCAUCCCAUCAUUCACCAACAAUCACAAUUCACUUUGUACUAUCAAUUUCCUCUUUCUUCUCUCUUUUUUUCUUCUUCCAAAAUAUUCUCCUCGCAUCGAAGGCCAAAAUUAAAAACGAAACAAAACAAAACAAUGACAACUUCUGUAUCCCAAGAAAACGUUGUUACAUUGGUUUCUCGUACUGGCAGGGAGUUGCAGCGCUACCGUAAAGGUCGUCGUCAAGUUGUCGGAUGCAUACCAUACAGAUACAUAAGUGUUGACCAAGCUUCUUUAGAGGAAAAUGAAGAAUUAGAAGUUUUGGUUAUUACUUCUAAGAAAGGAAAAAGGAUGUUAUUUCCUAAGGGAGGAUGGGAAAUUGACGAAUCAAAAAAAGAGGCAGCUUUGCGAGAAACCAUGGAGGAAGCCGGAGUAAGAGGCACUGUAGAGGGUAAACUAGGUAAGUGGAGGUUCAAGAGUAAAAACCAUGGUUCUUCAUAUGAAGGCUACAUGUUUCCUCUACUUGUUCAAGAACAAUUAGAGAUUUGGCCAGAGCAAAACUUUCGUCAAAGAAAAUGGGUGAACGUUUCGGAAGCAAGGGAAGUUUGUCAACAGUGGUGGAUGAAAGAAGCAUUAGAGAGACUAGUAAAUCGUCUCAAGGGUCAGAAACUUGAGCAGCAUGUAAAACAAUUAGUAGUAGUAGGUUCUGUUCACUGCACAGGAGACGCCAAUUCUGACUUGUAAACAUGGUAGUUUCCUGGACAUUGAUGCAUAGAUAGAGCUCACCGCAAAAUCAUAUAUAGUAUAUGGAAUUUGUACAAAUAUUACUUGUUAGUAUUAUAAUAUAUAUAAUAAAAAAUUGUGGUAGAUCGCAUAG